CACGCGCUUGCACCCUCGAAUUGCAUCCCAGCGUGCGCCCCUGUGCCGAAGGCGGCAUGCUGGGCGCACGGCUCAAGUCAUGGAUGGAAGCUCAGCUGGGGCGGGCGAAGAAGCGUAAACAGAAGCAAAGCAGGCAGCCGACGCCAAGUACGCCCGUGCCUCCGCCGCACCUGUCAUCCCCCGAGAGCGCCUACAGUACGGGCUAUUCGACGGAUGGCACGUCUCCGGGCGCCCCACCUUCGACUCUCGCCGCUCCGCUUGUACCACCGCCCCCGCCACCCGCGCCACCAACCACCCACCUUUACCACGAGCCUGCGAAGCGUCGUUCGAGUAUCGCAGUACGUCGAGUUGUACCCGAACCCACGGUUUGUGCUACCCCCUCGCCUCGCCCGCGAUGUCGUAUCCGGACUAACCCGUGGCUGGGAGGGACGUCCCCUAACGCCAGAAAAAGGGCUCCCAGCGUGGUACAUCAGCAGUCCCUGCAGUGUCCGCAAGCACCGUCGCUGCAUCAUGCGCCUUACUCGUUGGAUUCCCACCCUAAAUAUGUGUCCAGAUCACCGCAUUGUUCACCGCACCUAUCACCACAUCUUUCGCCUCACCUUUCUCCAGAACCCUAUAGAACACCGUAUUACAGAGGUGGUGCGUCGAGUGAUGAAGAGUGUCGUGGCAUGAAACCACGUGGACGUGAGACGGCCAUCUUAUCUGAUGCGGAUGUAGAUUCAGAUGGCGAUACGGGAUUGGAUGGAGGGGAUGAGGAUGAACCUGAUAGUACCGCGUCACCUGGAAAAAGGAGGGCAAGAAGACGAAGGCCUCCUCGAAGAACUCCACGAUCUGCAGGAACAACUCCACCCAGAAUGCGUCGUCGAUGCCAUGCACCCUCAGCCCCUCCUGUAAGAGAACGGGACCCCCUACUGGAAGCGGAUAGGGAAGCGGAACGGAAGUACCGAGAGCUAAUACGAGAGGCCGAGAAACUACUUGUCACCGUCUCUCGAUCGCCUCUCGAGCCACCCCACAAUCCUAGAGUCAGAGAGCUUAGAGCAACCGAGGUGGACGCACCCCGACGGAGCCCAGAGCGCACUCACGUGACGAACUUCAUCCGAGCUAAUUCCCCCGAGCCCCCCCGUCGUCUCUCACCAGUAGCACGCCGCUCCCCUCUCGCCGCACCUCCACCUACCCGUCCCCAAAUACAACCUCCCUCACCAACCGAUAGGCCGCAUUCUGAACCGCCAAAGAGGAAAGCUUACGCGCGAGAUGAGGUGCUACAGACACUGGAGGGUCUGCGGAAAAGUUUACAGCAACAAUCGGCGUUACUAGCAGUACAACGUACGCGUCUUGACUCCCUCUAAAGUAGUAAUUAGAAAUGUUUUGGUGGCGCUCGGAUGAUUGUGGUCCAGCAAU